AUGACAUUUUCCCAGCAAUUUUCGGGCAAAGUCAUUGCCAUUACCGGAGCUGCUUCUGGCAUAGGUCUUGCAACGGCUCACUUACUUGCCGAACGCGGCGCCAGGUUAUCCCUCGCAGACAUUCAAACAGACGCACUUCAAAAAGUUCAAACAGACAUAAACAACCUUCAUCCAUACGCGGAAGUCAUCAUAUCUGCCGUCGAUGUCAGAAACUAUGAUCAAGUCGAGAACUGGGUCAAGGAUACCGUCGAGCACUUUGGCAAAUUUGAUGGUGCAGCGAAUCUUGCUGGCGUACUGCCUGAAUCAAUCGGUCUCAAGGGUAUUGACGAGCAAGACUUUAACGAAUGGAACCACGUGCUUGGUGUCAACUUGACCGGCGUUAUGCACUGUCUCAAAGCACAGCUGCGGGUGGUCGAAAACAUGGGGGCCAUUGUCAACGCAAGCAGCAUUGCAGGGCUCAUUGGUAGGGUCAACAACGCGUCGUAUGUGUCUAGCAAACAUGGUGUCAUGGGUUUAACAAAGAGCGCGGCGAAAGAAGCCGGGACGAAGGGCGUGAGGGUCAAUAGUAUCUGUCCGAGGCAAAAUCGAUACCCCAAUGGCACAGGCUUCGAGACACAUGAAAGUCGACACACAACCGGCUUUGAAACGUGUUGGAAGUCCAAGAGAAGUUGCAACUGUGAUUGCAUUCCUAUUGAGUGA